UGAACAGCAAGAUCGGCCACGCUCAGUCCAGCACCCGAAGAGCUACAACGCACAGUCAUGAUGUCAUGGUGCUUGUUUGGAAUAACGGCGUUUCUUGUAUAGUGGUGCGAGAGUGAUUAUACGAACGUUAAGGAAGGUGGCGCCAGUGUUCUGUGCACCGCGGCUGAUCAGAGAUUUUCCUUUCUUGCCCAGAAAUAACUGACAAUGUCCCGGAAGACGAUGGCAGAGGCACGGGGUAUCGUGCUGGGCUGGGGCCCGAAAAUGGGCGAGGAUGCGCCCUUUCUGCAGCGCCUGUGGCCAGCAGUUCUAGCCAGUGCUGGCGAAGGGAACGGCCUGUCAAUAGGCGCGCCCAUUCUGGAAAAUCUCCUUUCUAGCUGCGCGAGGGACUGCCUCAACUCCCGCAAGCGGCGCGACGAGCUGUCUGCCGCGCUGACGCCCGUCAUCGAGGCGUCGGACGAUUCCGCGGAGGCCGCGGCCGCCCUCGCAAGAGCCGCCCUCGAAUACCACGACAACCACUUCCACAACAACGGCGGGGUAUGUAAACUGGGUAAAUUCCAUAACAUCCUGUAUGUGGUCGUAUCCGUGGUUGUGGAACAGGAAGUGCAGGAUUCGGACACGGUGACGCAGCUGCUGCAGACGCUGCACCGGUGCGAGGGAGGGCUGGACCGCCUGGUGGCCCCCGCUUGCUCGGGCGAAGUGUCGCAUCUCCUCAGUUCGUGGCGCUCGGACACUGACUCGGCCGAGGAGGCUAGACACCGCCUGCAGUUUUUCGUCGACCACGCCCGCACGACCCGCCUACUGUUGCCUCAGCCCAAAGGCCAGGCCACGCGUAUGCUGGACACUCCUUUGGUCACCCUUCAGGGCGCGCCGCCCCUCUAUGUAGCCGUCCAGGCUGAAGACGAAGACGCUGUCCUGCUUUUGCUUCAAAAUGGCGCUAAACCUGCCGUCGGCGGGGAACUCUGCCCGUUCCUUCUGGCGCUGCGGCGGCUGUCGAGUUAUGCGCGAGCCACCAUGGGCCAACGGGAACCCUGCUUAUGCCCGAUAACCUUAUGCCCUUGUUUCUAUGAGCACCCCAUUAAUUUCCCUUUGGAGACUGUAGGAGUGUUUAGGCUGAUUCUCCGUGCCAUGGGACGGCGAAGAAUAGAACAUGACCCCGAAAUUCUUCACCCAAGAUUGGUAACAGACGGACUGCUUGGCGGGCCGCCCUCUCUUCGCCACUGGGCCAGACUCAGCAUCCGCAAUUGCUUGCUCAAGAACUGGUCCCUCCCACACGGGACAAGGAUGCUAGGCCUACCGGAAGCUGUGGUCAGAUACCUUGAUUUGUAUUGUGAUUAAACGUCCACUCAUACAGAAUGCAAGGGAAAUAAACAGCAGAAAAAAAUGAAGAAGCCAUUCGCAGAGAAAAUAUCAGAAUCCUUGAACAUAAGUGCCUUUAACAUUAUGCAAAAUGUCAGCAUCAGAAGAGUGAUGCUACAGUAAAUCGCUAUGCAUAUAUUACUGAGAGAAACACCACAUUCGCA